GCGUCGCUGGUCAUGCUGAGGGCAGAGCGUACACGGUCUACACUGCGGAGCAACAGAGGCCACACUUUCUCAUUGGAAAAGAACCAAGUGACACUGGCAGCCCGGAGAAAACAUCCCUAGCAGGAGCGUUUCCUUCCCCUCGAGUCUUGCAACGAGUCCCGCAUCUUUAACGCUUGUUUCCAGUCAGACAUGGCUGCCCAGUGUGUAACCAAGGUGGAGCUGACUGUAUCCUGUCAGAACCUCCUGGACAAAGACAUCGGUUCCAAGUCGGACCCUCUGUGCGUCCUGUUAAUGAGCACCUCCGAUUCCCAGUGGUAUGAGCUGGAACGUUCAGAGAAAGUCCAGAAUUGCCUUAACCCAAAGUUUGCCAAAAAGUUUGUGGUGGACUACUACUUUGAAAUGGUGCAGAAGCUGAAGUUUGGGAUUUAUGACAUCGACAACAAGACCGUCGACCUGAGUGAUGACGACUUCCUGGGGGAACUGGAGUGCACCCUGGGCCAGGUUGUAUCCAGUAAGAAACUGACCAGGCCGCUUGUCUUGAAGAACAAGUCUCCAGCAGGAAAAGGCACCAUCACAAUCAGUGCAGAGGAAAUAAAAGACAACAGGGUGGCAAAUUUUGAGAUGGAAGCUCGGAAGCUGGAUAACAAGGAUUUCUUUGGGAAGUCCGACCCCUACCUGGAGUUCUACAAGCAGACCGCAACUGGAUGGCAGCUGGCUCACAGGACAGAGGUGGUGAAGAACAACUUGAAUCCAACAUGGAGGCCAUUCCGAAUCCCCCUGCAGUCCCUGUGUGGAGGAGACAUGGACAAACCGAUAAAAGUUGAGUGCUACGACUAUGACAGCGAUGGCUCACAUGAUCUUAUUGGAAUCUUUGAGACCACAAUGACGCGCCUCCAAGAAGCAUCGCGGUCUUCUCCGGCAGAGUUUGAAUGCAUCAACAGUAAAAAGAAACAGAAGAAGAAGGGCUACAAGAACUCUGGUAUUGUGAGUGUAAAGCAUUGCCAGGUGGUGAAGGAGUACACCUUCCUGGAUUAUAUUAUGGGAGGAUGUCAGCUCAACUUCACGGUGGCUAUCGACUUCACAGGCUCCAACGGGGAUCCCAAGUCUCCCCAGUCUCUGCACUACAUCAGUCCUCAGGGUGUUAACGAGUACCUCUCCGCUAUCUGGUCUGUGGGCAACGUCAUCCAGGACUACGACAGUGACAAGAUGUUUCCCGCCUUUGGCUUCGGGGCCCAGAUUCCGCCCUCGUGGCAGGUUUCCCACGAAUUUCCUCUGAAUUUCAACCCGUCGAACCCGUUCUGUGCAGGCGUUGAAGGCGUGGUGGACGCCUACAGGGUUUGUCUGCCUCAGGUCAAACUCUAUGGUCCCACCAACUUCUCUCCUAUCAUCAACCAUGUGGCCUGCUUCGCCAAACAAGCCCUCCAGCAGACCACUGCAUCGCAAUACUUUGUCCUUCUGAUCAUCACCGACGGAGUCAUCACGGACAUGGAUGAGACACGCAACGCCAUCGUCAACGCCUCUCGCCUGCCCAUGUCUAUCAUCAUAGUCGGGGUGGGAGGGGCGGACUUCAGCGCCAUGGAGUUCCUGGACGGAGACGACGGCCGUCUGCGCUCUCUGAGUGGCGAGGCUGCCAUGAGAGACAUUGUCCAGUUUGUGCCAUUCAGGCAGUUCAAAAACGCGCCCAGCCAGGCUCUUGCCCAAAGCGUUUUGGCCGAGUUACCUCAGCAAGUGGCGUCCUUCUUCAGUUUAUUCAAACUGAAGCCUCCCCACGAUCCCAAUGCUUCUUGUCUGCUGUGUUCGCCAAAUAUGCAGCCACUCAUCUUGCAUUUGUCUAAUUUUCCUUCACUGUGUUCUCAGGUGGUGAAGAACAACUUGAAUCCAACAUGGAGGCCAUUCCGAAUCCCCCUGCAGUCCCUGUGUGGAGGAGACAUGGACAAACCGAUAAAAGUUGAGUGCUACGACUAUGACAGCGAUGGCUCACAUGAUCUUAUUGGAAUCUUUGAGACCACAAUGACGCGCCUCCAAGAAGCAUCGCGGUCUUCUCCGGCAGAGUUUGAAUGCAUCAACAGUAAAAAGAAACAGAAGAAGAAGGGCUACAAGAACUCUGGUAUUGUGAGUGUAAAGCAUUGCCAGGUGGUGAAGGAGUAUACCUUCCUGGAUUAUAUUAUGGGAGGAUGUCAGCUCAACUUCACUGUGGCUAUCGACUUCACAGGCUCCAACGGGGAUCCCAAGUCUCCCCAGUCUCUGCACUACAUCAGUCCUCAGGGUGUUAACGAGUACCUCUCCGCUAUCUGGUCUGUGGGCAACGUCAUCCAGGACUACGACAGUGACAAGAUGUUUCCCGCCUUUGGCUUCGGGGCCCAGAUUCCGCCCUCGUGGCAGGUUUCCCACGAAUUUCCUCUGAAUUUCAACCCGUCGAACCCGUUCUGUGCAGGCGUUGAAGGCGUGGUGGACGCCUACAGGGUUUGUCUGCCUCAGGUCAAACUCUAUGGUCCCACCAACUUCUCUCCUAUCAUCAACCAUGUGGCCUGCUUCGCCAAACAAGCCCUCCAGCAGACCACUGCAUCGCAAUACUUUGUCCUUCUGAUCAUCACCGACGGAGUCAUCACGGACAUGGAUGAGACACGCAACGCCAUCGUCAACGCCUCUCGCCUGCCCAUGUCUAUCAUCAUAGUCGGGGUGGGAGGGGCGGACUUCAGCGCCAUGGAGUUCCUGGACGGAGACGACGGCCGUCUGCGCUCUCUGAGUGGCGAGGCUGCCAUGAGAGACAUUGUCCAGUUUGUGCCAUUCAGGCAGUUCAAAAACGCGCCCAGCCAGGCUCUUGCCCAAAGCGUUUUGGCCGAGUUACCUCAGCAAGUGGCGUCCUUCUUCAGUUUAUUCAAACUGAAGCCUCCCCACGAUCCCAAUGCUUCUUAGGGCUCCUCCCGAAGCUCUGGCAAAGAGUGUGUUGGCUGAAGUACCAGGUCAAGUGGUGGACUUUUGUAAUACCAUGAAGCUGAGUCCAC